GACUGAUUUGCAAGUAAAAUUUCGAUGUUUUAAUGAAAAUCUUACAUGUCAUAAAUGAAAGCUGGCUUUCAAGUUAUUCAUGCAUACCCGGCUAAUUAUAAACAGUCUCUGCACUUCGUUUUACAAAAGAACAUUCAAUAUGACGUUAAUAUUGGUGAUCGUGCGAAACAGUGUGGGCAAAGGCCUUCUUCUCGUACAAAACUAACGAUGGAUGAAGAAGGCAGUCAGUCUCCGUGUUUUGAUUACUCUUUGCCAAUUAUUGGCUAUGAAAUAGUUGAGAAACGCCAACGAUUUACCGUGUACAAAAUACAUGUUAAGAAGCAAACGCAAAGUUGGUUUGUCUUUCGAAGGUAUUCUGACUUUGAACAGUUGCAUAAACAGUUAAUGUCAAUAUUUCCUACAGUCAAGCUUAAUCUUCCUCCAAAAAGACUCUUUGGGGAUAACUUUGAUGCAGAGUUCAUAGCAAAACGAGCACAAGGAUUACAAAAUUUCAUUCAUGAAAUUCUUCAACAUUUCAACAUAAAAAUCAGCCGUGAAAUCUGUGAAUUCUUCUGUUUGCAUGAUCCUCCUGGACCGUUUGAUAGCAUUGAAGAAAGCAGGGCGUAUGUACAGUUUCUUGAAGAACAAUUAGAAAACACUAAGUCAGUUGUGAUUCAACUCAAUAGCCAAUUAGAACAGACGAAAUGUCAGUUAAACGAGGCGCGUUCGCAUAUACGACGUUUGAAAUUUCAACUGCGUAAAAGACAGUUACCAGAUCCUCCUAGACACUCAACCCCAUUGGUUGAUUGUAGCAAAACGCAUGACGUCAUCGACUCUCGUUUGUCGUGUUUAUUGGACAGUACACAAAAAACAAGAAAAACUGUCAGUUUUGCAAAGACAAAAUCUGCGAGCGAAGGGAACCUUCUCGUACUCAAACGAAAAGAAAAUAGUCCAAAGAGUCAAUUUCGACAUAGCAUUACUUUUGGAGAGGAUUGUUACAACAGAUAUUUAAAGGUCGAUUUCCACUCGAGUGUUACAAGAAAUACUAAAGGGAGAAAAGGAAAUGUAGGAAAAGAAAAGCGAUAUAAAAAACACAAAACUGUCUAUAAUCGUGAAAAACAACAUCACGAUAAAAGCUCUUUUCAAUCAAUCCACAAAAACGUUACGAUAAAUAAACGUGAUGGUGACAACAUUAGGGAGAGUUGUACUGAAUAAGAAUAAUUGCAUGAAUAUGUAAGUUAACAACUAUCUCUUUACAAUGAUAUGAUGUUUCCAUUUGCA